GUAGUUUGUUGGUUAUCUCUCUCCGUGGGACUUCUCCUCCAAGCUUUCCCUCGGUGGUUCAAAUCGAAGCUUUCACCUCAGAUCGAAAGUUGACAGACAGAAGGAUCAAAGUUCAUAGAGCAAAGGUUCAAACAAUUGAGGAGUUCACGGCAUAAAAAGGUUAGCGUUAAUCUUCUUCAAACUAGAAUUGGUUUAGGUUGUGGUUAGAAUUGAAUCGACUGUCAUUAAUGAUUUGGUUGUGUGAUAAAUUGAAGUGAUUGGUAGCUAGAAUUGAUUAAGGCUUAAUGUGAUGAAACUGUGUAAUAUAAAUGUCAACACGUUUUUGUUUGUUGGGUCUCAUGAAUGCAUCUUCUCUUCCUUCUCUGCCAUCUAUAAACACUCUUUCUUCUUUCUCUUUCUUAACAUCUCCUUCAUCUUUCUCUCAACUUCUUCUUCGUAUGGAUUCUCAACAAAGCCAGUCCUCUAGCUUUUUACAUUUACUAAACUCUCAAGUGCUUCACAAUGACAACCCCACUCAGUUUCUGAGUUUUUCACCAACUCCAGCCCUUGGAGGAUCCGCUUCACGUACACAAACUGGUGAGGAUCGUAAGCAAAGGUGCAAGUGGUCAACAGCUGAAGACUUGGUCCUCAUCAGUGCGUGGUUAAACACCUCUAAGGAUCCCGUAGUUGGGAAUGAGCAAAGGGCAGGAACCUUUUGGAAGAGGAUUGGGGCGUAUUAUAAUGCAAGUCCCAAGGUGGUUGGUUUGCCUAAGCGAGAGCAAACCCACUGUAAGCAGAGGUGGGGGAAGAUAAAUGAAGGUGUCUGCAAGUUUGUGGGGUCAUACGAUGCUGCUACAAAACAGAGGACCAGUGGACAGAGUGAAGAUGAUGUUUUGAAGGCUGCACACGAAAUAUUCCUCAACGAUCACAAGGCCACGUUCUCAUUGGAGCAUGCGUGGAGGGAGCUUAGGAAUGAUCAGAAAUGGUGUGGGACUUAUGGAAGUAGUCAACAAAGCUCUGGUUCAAAGAGAAAGAGGGUGGGGGAAGACCAAUCUUUUCAGUCAUCAGCAACUAUUCCCAGUGUCAAUGGAGAGGAUGAAGCAACGGCGAGGCCUAUUGGUGUGAAGGCAGCCAAGGCGAAGGCUAAAAGGUCAGUGGGAGAAGAAGGCAAGAAUCUGCAAGAUUUUCAGCAAAUGUGGGAGUUAAAGGCGAAGGACAUAGCUGCAAAGGAGAAGCAUGACAACAAGAAACUGCUUGACAAACUCCUUGGAAAAAUAGAGCCGCUUACUGAUUUAGAAGUGGCGCUUAAGGAGAAACUCAUUAAAGAUAUCUUAUCAAUGUAAUC